AUGCUCGAGGAAUAUCUGCAUCACUUUAUCGACGCUAGACAGAAGAACUGGGUCCAGUUGUUAGAUGUUGCUCAGUUCAGCUUCAACGGUCAGCAAAGUUCUGCAACUGGAAAGACGGCCUUCGAGGUAGUGUGCGGCAGACAACCACUCAUGCCACAUCUGGUGGACCAUCCCUAUGUGGGAAAAAGCCCUCAGGCGCACAAUUCAUCAAUGGAGUGGAGCCAAUCCUCUGAGAUAGCUCACGUCUGUCUAGAAAAAGCGUCAAUGAGGAUGAAGAAGUGGGCUGAUAAGAAGCGGAGGCCCCUUGAAUUUCAAGCUGGGGAUAAAAGAGACCAACGUCUAGUACGAAAAUACGAAGGGCCAGUGGAAGUGAUUGAGAAGGUCGGGAAAACCUCGUAUAGGGUUCAGCUACCCUCAUGGAUGAAGAUCCACCCUGUCAUCCAUGUGAGUAUUCUGAAGCCCUAUCACCCUGAUCGCAAUGACGAGCAGCGGAAUAUGUUGAUGUGCCCACUCAUCACGAUGAAGAAUUCAACUGAAAAGAAAGUUCCACAAAUUCUGGAUAGACGUACUCACCGUAUCACAAGACCAAGACGAGAACAGAGUUCUUGGGAAAAGUUGAAGAAUGAAGGAAAAAAAGAAGGGAAAACUCUAAGUGUUGAGUUGAAACCCUCGAGUAGGCUUGUGAAUUUAGCCGAGAGUGCUUUUGGAAUUCAAUGUGUAAACAGGCAGCUGAGCAGCUCACCGAGGGAGCGAGAGCUAGACAAGAAUUAUGGGAAUCUCGCUAAUUUUUGUGCUGAAUCUCGCUUUGAAGAAGAAGCUUGCUGA